GAGGCUGGGGCGGCAAGGGGGACUGGGGCGGCAAGGGGGACUGGGGCCCGCCAGCACGGCUGGCCGGCACGUACGUCAGGGACAGCGGCAGUUUCGGCUUCAUAGAUCAAGACAGCGGCGAGGAAAACAUGUUCGUGAUGCCGAAGUCGUGCGAGGGCGGAGUGCUCCCGCUCAUCGGCACGCGGGUCAACUACGACAUCGUCAUCGACGCCAAGACCGGAAGACCCAGGGCUGACAACGUGACCGCGGAGGAGCCAGACCCAUUCGAUCCCAACACCGUGCACCACGGGACAAUGGCGGCGAAACGCAAGGAGACCGACAAUUUCGGGUUCAUCGAGCAGGACAGCGGCGGGGACAAGAUGUUCUGCCUGCCGAGAUCGUGCGCCGCCUGGGACAACGAGAUCCCCCCGGCGGGGACCCGCGUCCAGUACAGGCUCGUCCUGGACUCGAAGACGGGCCGCCCCAGGGCCGAGGACGUCCAGCCGCUGGACGACGAGGUGAUGGCCGAAGAGACCGCGGCCGAGCGGGUCGCGGCCGCCGGGCACCUGCCCUACGGCUGGGACGCGGGCGUCGUCUCCGACAUCACCAACCCGAAGUUCGCAUUCAUCACGCCGGACACCGGUGGCAGCAACAUGUUCUUGCUGCCCAG